AUUCCUCCCACACUAUAAAUGGGAGCUUUUGCAGUGCUGCUAUUAAGCAUUAAGUAGCACAAGAAAAGUGUUACAGCACCAUCUCCUUUUAUCUCCAUGGUUAGUGCAAAACCACAAUCCAGGGCCAUUAUGAUUUUGCUUGGCCUGCUGAUAGUAGCUACCCUUGAUUUCACAGGAGCUCAGACAGGGGUUUGCUAUGGAAGGCUGGGUAGCAGAUUGCCAUCUCCAGCAGAUGUUGUGGCCCUAUGCAAACAGAACAACAUCAGAAGAAUGCGAAUCUACGAUCCACAUCGGCCAACCCUUCAAGCCCUUGGAGGAUCAAACAUUGAGCUCAUACUGGGGGUCCCUAAUAUUGAUCUUCAGAACAUUGCUGCUAGCCAAGCUAGUGCCAAUAAUUGGGUCCACAACAAUGUCAGAAACUAUCCUAAUGUCAGGUUCAGGUACAUUGCCGUUGGAAAUGAAGUCAGUCCUCUGAGAGACACAGCUCAGUACACAAGAUUUCUUCUCCCUGCCAUGCAAAACAUCUAUAAUGCAAUUUCUGCAGCAGGGCUAGGAAACCAGGUUAAAGUUUCCACUGCUGUUGAAACUGGACUAGUUGGACAGAGCUAUCCUCCAUCAGCUGGAAUAUUCAGACAAGAAGUUCGAUCAUUUAUCAAUCCCAUCGUUCAGUUCUUAGCAAGAAACCGUGCCCCUUUACUUGUUAACGUGUAUCCAUUCUUUGCAUACACAGGCAAUCCCAGAGACAUUAGUCUUCAGUAUGCUCUUUUUACAUCUUCUGGCAUUGUUACACCAGAUGGUGUAAGGUACCAAAAUCUUUUCGAUGCUCUUGUGGAUGCUACAUACUCGGCACUUGAAAAGGCAGGAGGAUCAUCUAUUGAAAUUGUUGUAUCAGAGAGUGGUUGGCCAUCAGCAGGAGGACAAGCAACAUCAAUAGAUAAUGCCAGAACUUACAACAGUAACUUGAUUGGGCAUGUGACAGGGGGAUCAGGAACUCCAAAAAGGCCCCGAAGAAAUAUUGAAACAUACAUUUUUGCUUUGUUUGAUGAAGAUCAAAAGAGUCCAGAAUAUGAGAAGCAUUUUGGACUCUUUCUGCCAAAUAGGCAACCAAAGUACCAGAUCACUUUCUGAUAGACUGAGGAACCAAAGGUCUAUAGGAAUGGGAGUAGACUCCUUAAUCUUAUCAAUGCAUCUUAUACCAAUUUCUUGUUGAAUAAGGGUUGCUCAAAUUCCAAGUUCCAACCCGUAUGUUACUGAAAACCUUUGUUCUAAUAAAGAGGUGUCUUACUAUUAUUGAAA